CAGCAAGCAGGUGACACACUCUCCUGAAGUUGAACUCAACAGCCUGCACUAGCAGAUGCAGAGUCACUUGGAACCGUAGGUCUUCAGACACUCACUGUCAGUUUUGGGCGCCUCAAAGCGUUCAGUCGUUUUACUAAGUGCUUUCUGAUAGAAAGACAUUCGGCUUUGGCAAUCUCUGACAUCGUGCGGAGGACGCUCUGUCCCAGCGGCGGAAGCGGAGGCGUCAGCGCGCUGUCAUGUUGCGCGCUGGGCACGGCCUCCGGCACCACCCCUCAUUGGGGCCCAGUUCAGACGUCGCUUGGCUUGAAGACGCCCCCGGGGCUUUGGCAAACUUGAACCUCGAUUCUUACGAGCUGGACCUUCUUGCGAACGAGCUAUUGGACCUGGACAUGGAAAGAAAUAGCAGCGGGCGCUCUGCAAGCAGUAGCAGGUGCGAGGGCAGCAAUCAGACGGGGACUUCUUCGCAUAAGACAGCCACUCCGUUUCAUCGCAAGGCUUCGUUUCUAGAAGCGCAGGCGACAGGGCCGUUAGGGAGGGGGAUCCUUGCGGCAAAUGCCAGGAGGGCUGGGUUUCUGGAAGCGGAGAAACAGGCGAAGGGACCGUUCAGGCUGUCGAAUCUGUGUUUGGGGCUGCUGGGCAGCAGCUUGGAGGAUCUGAUGGACGAUGUAGAGGUCCUGGGGAGGAUUCUGCCACAAAAUGCCAAGGCCCCCCUCAUCGCCAUCGCCAGGCGACGCAAUCUCCUGAACGAUAAAAUACUGGUGGCCCUGUGUGACGAGAGUUUCGAGAUUUUGGAUGUAUCAGGUUCGGGGGUGACGGCUGAGGGCAUCACUGCAGUCGCCAGGACAUGCCCAGGCUUGAGGGCCGUGGACAUCAGGUGCUGUCCGAACAUCUCGUCGAAAAGCAUUGAGGCCCUCGUCCGACACUGUCCGGAGAUUCACACGUUACGACUAGGGGGGGACGCCAUUAGCAACCGGACGGCGCAGCGGUCGAUCAAGCACCUGGUACCGCAGCUGCAGUCAGCAGAGGAGUCGUCAAGUUGGGAGGAGGUGAACGUCGACAAGGUGGCCGUGGGGGCGGGAGCGUUGGACUGGCUGAUUUGGCCUUCUGUAGACGAAGCGUCUCUGCUCCGAUUGGAAAGAGAGUUUCCUCGAGUUACAGUCAAUCCAAAGCGGAGGCGAGAUCUUCCAUACUAUGCACGAUUGGAAGAGCCUUUAGAUGGGCCCUUAUUGGAUGGCAUUGAUCCGGCAAGUUGGGCACACCAGGUAGGGAACGAAAAGGAAGACCUGGAAGAAACUCAGAGGUCUGCUGAUGCUAGUUUAGUACCAAUUGCUGAGCGCUUCCGACUAGCCUAUGUGGAACGCUAUGAGCGGACAGCGGCGAAAAGGGCUAAGAACAAGCGCCGGCAGGAGAGGAGAGCGGAGAAGGAUUUUGUGGCAAACGAUAUCAUGGCUCGUGCACUGAUUUUGGCGAGCAUGGUGCGCUAAACCGUAGACGCUUUGUCCGACACCUGAUCACUAACGUCGUGGAUAGUUCUCGAUUCGAAGUUGACUGUGUACAUAAUGAGGGCACGUUCAGCGCGGCAGGCCUGUUCAACGUCAAAACGAAGCGACUCGAGCUGGCAAAACCGAGUCAGG